AUGAAAACUUCAUACUGUUGGCGUAACUAGAAAGUAUAGGCCUCGCCCUUGACUUGUCCUUAGAACAAAUCCAAAUUCGAAAAUAGACUGGCCAAAACCAAAAAGUAACUAAGCUUUCAUGAAUAAGAGAAUUGGAAUGACGAACACAUUAUUAAAUAUCGUAAUCAUCUAAAAGAUGUAAGAGAAUUGAGGUAAAGAUGGCAUAUCAUUGAGAGACCAAUGAAUGCCUCGAUCUCUGAAAAGGCUAAAUCUGAAAUCCUAGACAUGGAAUAAUCAAUACAACAUAUAUCCCUUGAAAAACCUAAAAAGUAAUCACAUAUCCGUCCAUUUAGUUCCUAGUAGUAGAAACUACUAUCGCAAAUUUCACAAAUAUACUCGUUUUAAUAAUGCGCUAAUCGUUAAAAUAAAAUGAAACUCUUUUUAUAAUCUGAUGACAAUUAUGCCAAUCGAUCAUUCAGAUAUUACAAGAAUUUUACAAAUUAUCUUAACUCGAUCAAAUGA